AGAUCGAAAAUUAUAUAAGCUGGGAUUAAAAGGAUUUUAUGUCAAAGAUGACAAUGAUAGUACAGGGGAAGAACAAGCAUCCGAGGAGGAGAACCGUUGCUCCAAUGGGACCUUUAAGGUGGAUACUAAUCACGCGCUCGACCUGGAAGAAGUUGAACUAGACUCUGAGGCCGAGCUUAUGAAAAGUAUGGGAUUGCCUCUUCAGUUUGGUGGGCAGGCAGCCCACAGGGACUGUGUGGCAACAGAAAGUUACAGAAAGAGAAAUAACAUGAAGGUUAUGAAAAAGAAAAAGAAGAACAAAAAAGAGUUCCGGCAAAAACAUGUGGAUAAAAGGGGGCAGGAAUGCGAGGAUCAAGCUUGUGGUGGCUAUAUACAGCCUGUUUCUGGUGAGCUGGCCCUAGCUGCAGAGCAACAUGAUGAAGGAAGCAAACCUCAUCCUGUAAGUGAGGGGAACUGUGAAAGCUCAGAAAAUCUUGCAAAUGAGGCUUUACCCAGUGAACUUAAAGAAAAAUGGGAGAAGUACUGGAGUGAGUACGGAGAGAGCCUUCUUUGGCAAAGUUGGCUGGAGAAGCACCAAGAGGCGUCAUCGUCUGAGGCCACCACAGCCUCUGAGCCUUGGAAUAGUCCAGACACCAAGGAAGUAUGGGAACAACAUUAUAGCGAACUGUACUGGUAUUACUGGGAACAGUUUCAGUACUGGACAAGUCAAGGAUGGACUACUGAGAGUUCACGUGGUGACAGUGUGGAAGCUGGUGGGGUUACCCAGGAGAUGGGUCUUUUGGUUGACCCAGGGGCUGAACACAGUGAAGUGCUGAACUUGGAGCUGUCUCACCCUAACACUAGAAAUGAGGAAGCAUUCCCUUUGAAUGCUGAGCCCCACAGUGAAAUAACCUCUGGGAUUUGUAAUUUAGAUCUGAAUUUGGAGGAAGUGGAGCAGGGCAGUGGAGCUCUAACAGCAUCCCACCGAGGUCCUCGGGAGAGUAGCUCAUCUGACAGUGAAAGCCAGAAGGAGCCCUGUGAUGGAGGAACCAGAAAAAGGAGAGCAUCUUGUGAAAAGAAAAGUAUCAACCAGUCAGGUAAUAGGAAAUCAGGGUCAUGUAGUUCAAACUCAAAUGACAAAGAACAGUUGCUGCUUCACGACCAAGAUGAAGAUGAGGAUGAAGAACCUCCUGAAUACAGACAUGUCAGAGUCAAGAGAAGUCAUGAACUGGAUGUGGAUGAGAACCCAGUGGAAGAUCCUGAGGAAACCUGCUCUGCUUUGGGUUUCAAGUGUGGCACAGGACAAAAGUAUGGUGGAAUUCCAGAUUUCACCCACCGAAGGGUGCAGUACUUGGAGAAAAAAGCAAAACUCAAGUCCAAAUUCUUGGAUAUGCGUAAACCAAGGAAGAGCAAAAACACACACAUCUUCUUCACAGAGGAACCUGAAACGUCUUGCAAAAAAAAUAAAACUUUGAAGCGGGUGGAAGAGUUCCUAAAGCAGGUUAAUAAACACAGCGAGGAAGCCACGUGCCAGACAGCCUCCCCUCCAGACAAAGCAGAGGCAUAUGCCGUGGACAACUCGGAGGAUCAGGAGAGCAUUGCUGCCACCCGGGCUGCGACGCUGAAUGAUGAAAACCAAAAGCGACCAUCUUCCAGCGUGGCCUUCGCAGAGCCGGGAGGGAGUAACCCCAAGGAGGUGGCGUGGGAGCUGGCAGCGAGCAGCUCUGAUGGCCGAGGUGGGGAGAGGCAGGAGCGUGUCUGUGGGCGGCAACUGGUCCCUCUGGAUAUUCCCGAUUAUCUCCAGACAGAGAUGGAGGACGUCAGCCAAGCUGUAGAUGAAAAGAUUACCACAAAGAAGAAAGAGAAAAAAAGGAGAAGGAGGAAUAAAAUUGCCCCAGGAGCUGUACCUGCUGAGAUUGCUGCUGAUCCGGAGCUGGCCAAGUACUGGGCACAACGCUACCGGCUGUUUUCGCGGUUUGAUGAGGGAAUUAAACUAGACAGAGAGGGUUGGUUUUCUGUUACUCCUGAGAAAAUAGCUGAGCAUAUUGCUGUCCGCGUUAGUCAGUCAUUCAACUGUGAUAUCAUAGUGGAUGCAUUCUGUGGGGUUGGAGGAAAUGCUAUUCAGUUUGCAUUGACCUCAAAAAGAGUGAUCGCUAUUGAUAUUGAUCCCGAGAAGCUCAGUCUCGCGCGCAACAACGCUGAGGUGUACGGCGUGGCGGAUCAGAUAGAAUUCAUAUGUGGGGACUUCAUGGUGCUGGCUGCUGACCUGCAAGCAGAUGUCGUGUUCCUCAGCCCGCCCUGGGGGGGGCCUGACUAUGCCACUGCAGAAAUCUUCGAUAUUCAAACCAUGAUUUGCCCAGAUGGAUUUGAAAUUUUCAGGCUCUCCAAGAAGAUCACCAACAAUAUUGUGUAUUUUCUACCUCGGAAUGCUGACAUUGACCAGGUGGCUUCCUUAGCAGGGCCAGGAGGGAAAGUCGAAAUAGAACAAAAUUUUCUCAAUAACAAACUGAAGACAAUAACAGCUUAUUUUGGUGACCUAAUAAGGCAUGACAUCUAAACUCAGUGUGGAUUCUUCCAGACUGAACCUCUCUGACUGCUGCUUUGCUUAAGCUUUUGUACAGCUGGCUGGUCAAAAAUGAC